AUGGAUCUCUGUCAAAUGUUGGUGGAAACAAAUAUACCCUUGUACAAGGUGCAGGAUCCGUCUUUCAAGAACUUCAUGUUGAAGUAUUGCAAGGAGAUCCUGCCCGACCAUACGACGCUCCGCAAACAUUACCUUAAGAAACUGUAUGAGGGCACGAUCCAUCGGAUACGAUCCGCUAUCGGAGACAAACGGAUAUGGGUCUCUAUAGAUGAGACCACCGACGCGAAGGGGCAGUACGUGGUUAACACAGUCAUCGGUUGUUUGACUGCGGAGGAAAGUUCGACUCCAUACCUGAUCGAUUCGGAAAUCGUCGAGCGGACAAACCAUGCCACCACUGCUCAGGCGUUCAUGAACUCCUUGAAUUUGCUCUGGCCAGAAGGUAUCCAGCAUAACAAAGUGCUGCUGUUCGUCAGUGAUGCAGCACCUUAUAUGAAGAAAGCCGCUGCCGGCUUAAAGGUUCUUUUCCCGAAUAUGAUUCACGUCACAUGCCUGGCGCAUGGAAUCCAUCGAGUAUGUGAAGAGAUACGUGUUCUGUUCCCGGAGGUGGACAGCAUCAUUGCCAAUGUGAAGAAAAUAUUCCUAAAAGCGCCUCCUCGCAUCCGAGUUCUUCGAGCCACGGCGCCAAACGUGCCCUCGCCUCCUGAGCCCAUACUCACUCGAUGGGGCACCUGGCUCUCCGCGGCUCUGUACUACGCGAGGCAUUUGGAGGACAUCAGACGUGUGUUAGAGGAGCUCGACGAAAGCGAAGCCGCUGCAAUCAAGAAGUCCAAGGAUUUGUUGCUCAAUACGAGCGUGAAGUCACACCUCACUUUCAUCGCUGCGAAUUUCUCGGCUCUGCCCGACUACAUCAAAAAAACUAGAAUGUAG